AUGGCAUCUGUGUUCCUUGGCGAUCUUGAUGAUUAUAUUCAGCCAUCGCAGGCAUGCGUAAACCCUCUAUUCACGUCGGACAAAGGCAAUAGCACAACAGAUGGCGUGACUACGAUAAAGCUAGAGACGGAGCUGUCGGAUGUGGACUUGGUGGCGCCACAGCCUUCAAAAGCCAACAUCAUUCGCACCUCAGCAAACGAAAAAGCUACUAUCUCACUGGAUGAUUGUCUAGCCUGCAGUGGUUGUGUUACGUCAGCCGAGACAGUGCUGAUUUCGCAGCAAAGCUACAAAGAGAUGCUGAGCAAAUUGGCAUCUAAAACGCACAAAUACGUAGUAGCAACACUUUCGCCGCAGUCAAGAGCAUCGUUGGCUGAGCACUUUGUCAUGCCGGUUAUUACUGUGCACCGUAAGCUCGUGACGCUGUUUCGAAGCCUCGGAGUAAACCUGGUAAUCGACUCCACGUCCAGCGGAGACUUUGCGUUGCUUGAAUCUCGUGCAGAGUUUCUUUACAGGUAUCGCAACAAGAAAAAUACUAUCUGGGCGCGACCGCCAUCCUCCGUGGCUGUUUCGUCUGCCGAAAUACAGUACUUGGAGCCUAACACUGCUGUCAAUCCACGACAAGACCCGCUUUCAGCAUUGCCAAUGCUCGCAGCCUCGUGUCCUGGAUGGAUUUGUUACGCUGAAAAAUCGCAACCGAAUGCAAUUCCAUUCAUUGAUACAACAAAAUCCCCGCAACAAAUUGCUGGCUCGAUCAUCAAGCGAUUUGUAUGUCGCGAGCACGGCUUUAAACCAAAUCAAGUGUACCAUGUCGCGAUAAUGCCGUGCUUUGAUAAAAAGUUGGAGGCGUCCCGAAAGGAUUUCCAGGACCCAGAGGAUGCAACGAAAGAUGUGGAUUGCGUGCUUGCUACCACGGAAAUUAUUAUGCUAAUUGAAUCUUUGCAAGUGGAUUUUGCCUCGCUUGAGCUUGCGAGCCUGACACCCGAGGAAGUAAUGCUGAGCGGUGUUUCUGAGGACGGAUCCACUGUGUUAGGUAGCAGCUAUAAUGCUACCUCAGGGGGUCAUCUUGAACAUAUUUUUCGCUUCGCAGCUAAGGAGCUAUUUAACGUGGACGUAAUUGGUCCUCUAGACUAUGUAGCAGGUCGUAAUCCAGACUUUCGUGAGGUAUCGCUGGUGGUAGAAGGCAAAGAUGUCUUGAGAUUUGCUGUUGCUUAUGGAUUUCGCAAUAUUCAGUCGAUUAUGACAAAGAUCAGGCGGAGGAAAUGUCCAUAUCACUUUGUCGAGAUCAUGGCGUGCCCAAGCGGUUGCUUAAAUGGUGGCGGACAGAUCAAACCCAAGUCGACGCUUAAAGCUUCAGAGCUGCUUGACAAUGUCACGAAGCGCUUCCAGGAGCUGCGCGUCCGUGACCCCUUUGCCAAUCCCGCAGUACAAUAUUUGUAUGAAAAAUAUCUAGGGGGAAGUCCGUUUACCGAAACAGCGCGAAAAGUGCUGCACACACAAUAUCACGCUGUGCCAAAGCUAGAGCAAUCGAACCCAUUAGGCAUUAAAUGGUGA